GAGCUGGAGCCGGGGCCGGAUCGCGGCGGCUCCGGCGGAGCCCCCGAAGUUUGCGCUGCCCGCGGAAGGCGGCCCUCGUCCCGCCGCUUCCGGGGCUCCGCCGCGCCAGGCGGAGCGGCCCGGCCCGGGGGAAGGAGGCGGGCGGGAGCCGGCCGCCGGCAGGACGAGUCGGGCCGCGAUGAAGAAGCCGGACGGGAAAGUGGUGCUGCUGGGGGACAUGAACGUGGGCAAGACCUCCCUGCUGCACCGCUACAUGGAGAGGCGCUUCCAGGAGACGGUCAGCACCGUCGGCGGCGCCUUCUACCUGAAGCAGUGGGGGCCGUACAACAUCUCCAUCUGGGACACGGCAGGACGGGAGCAGUUUCAUGGCCUCGGGUCUAUGUACUGCAGAGGAGCAGCUGCCGUGAUCCUCACGUAUGAUGUGAACAGCCUCCAAAGCCUGACAGAGCUGGAAGAAAGAUUCUUGGCACUGACAGACAGUGCGAGUGCCGACUGCAUUUUUGCUAUUGUUGGAAAUAAAGUUGACCUCACCGAUGACUGUGCUUUACCACCGGAUGAAAAUAGACCUGAGAAGUCUGUUGCCAGCUGUGGCUCGAAGGUGCGAAAACAAGUCCGUGCGGAGGAUGCGAUCGCGCUCUACAAAAAGAUACUGAAAUACAAAAUGCUAGAUGAGAAGGAUGUUCCAGCAGCUGAAAAAAUGUGCUUUGAGACCAGUGCAAAAACAGGAUACAAGGUGGACUACCUCUUUGAAACUGUGUUUGAGAUGGUAGUCCCAAUAAUUGGACGGCAGAAAGCUGAGGGGCCGCCGCAAACUGUAGACAUUACUGACUACAAGCCAGCAAAAAGGACAAAAUCUGGUUGUUGUGCCUGAACCAUGUACAUGGCAUAGAGAAGGGGAGGGAUUGUUUGCUCCAACAAACCGAGGAGUAACAAGUUCUUGCAGGUCACCAGAAAGGAAAAGUCAAACAAUAAAUAGACUAAAAUAGUGUAUAUGGAAAAAACCCGCAAAUCUUCUGACCAUUAAAGAUUUACGGGAAGCUCUGUGUAUGAAAAUAGGAAUGUGAAUGCAAUUAUGGAGGGAAGACUUGCCGGUUUCCAAGGGCUCUGAAGACAAAUGGUGUGUUAGUACAAUUGGUAGCGACAAUCAUUUGAACAGUUUUGAAGGAGUCUGAUUUUAAAUGACUCGCCAUUUCAUGUUGCAUGUAAAUGAUCUGUUUGUGUACUCUUGACAGCUUUCAUGUGAUUAUCAUCUUUUGUGAUUCUAACUUUGAAGAUUGAACACAUGGUACUUUUUUAUUCUUCAGAGGAAAAAAAAGAAAAUCCAGGUAUAAUUUAUAUUUGUAGCUAAUAAAUCAAUUACAGUCUUUUUAUGUCAGGUAUGACAGUGUAAGAUUCAGAAGCUGAACUAUUAAAAUCACUGUGGAUACGUA